GCAUCCCCGAGCAAGAUGGCCACCCUGGGCCUGUCGAAGGUAUUCAUCCUGGACAAGUACUUUACCGAGUUGCAAAAGUUUUGGGAAACGGAGAAAAAGCUGCAAGAUGCAUCUUCAUCGAACGAAGCCGUCCACCUGCAGCAAAGACUGAAGAGCCUCAGCUCGGAGUUGGUGACGCUGAGGAACCGACUGCACACCGGCGGACAGCCCACGGGGACCGGACCCAAUGGUGGCAGUGUCCCGGUUGGAGGUGGUACAGUAGUAUCACCAACAUCGGCACCAAAUACUAACAACACCGGAUCGAACCACCAUGUUGGAACGCAUGGUUCGGCUGGUCUGGCGACGCACGCGAACAACGCGUCCAGUAACAACGGUCUCAUAACGACCACGGUCGGAGCCAACGGGAUCAAUGUGCUACCACAUCUUGCCACCGGGUGCCCCAACAGCACCGGCAACACUAACAACAACAGCAACUCCACCAACAGCGCUACCAAUAAUGCUAAGAACCACAUGCUAGUGACGAGUGCAACCCAGUGCAUACCUGCGAACCAGCCGGGCAACAAUCUGAACGCCUCGCAACCUAACGUCAACGUCUUGCCAAUCGUUUCACCAAGAAAUACCUCAAUCCCGUACCCUUUGCCACAUCACAAUGUCAGCAGCGGCACAAUGCUUCACGGAGAUACGAUACCGUGCGGUGGAACGCUACCGAGGCGUACGGCAAUGGGCUUCAGUGGCAACUCGGUGCAGUACAACGUGGGUGGACAUACUGGCAGCGGUGGACUUGGUACGAUCGUCUCACCUAGCGGCGGUGGAACCGGGACACUGCUAGCUGGUAGUGGGCCAACCACGGCCCAUUUCCGCGACCGACAGGAGGGCACGGGUACUAACGAGAUGGACGAUCUGAUACAUCUGCCUGGACCGCUUACCGAAGAUGCCGUCAUGCGUACUUUGCACAAUCGCUUCAACGAUGGGAAAUAUUUCACCAACGUUGGCCCGAUACUGUUGUCUGUCAAUCCUUACCACGAUGUUGGCAACCCACUGACCCUAUCUUCCACCCGCUCCGUUCCUCUUGCCCCUCAGCUAAGAAAAAUCGUCCAAGAAGCCGUUCGGCAGCAGGCGGAAACGGGUUACCCGCAGGCGAUUAUUCUCUCUGGUACUUCCGGCUCGGGAAAGACACACUGUUCGAUGUUGCUGCUGAGACAGCUGUUCGCGGUGGCAGGCGGUGGACCAGAGACCGACGCGUUCAAACAUCUGGCCGCAGCCUUCACUGUGCUGCGUUCGCUUGGAUCUGCCAAAACCACCACCAAUUCAGAAUCAAGCAGAAUUGGACAAUUUAUUGAAGUACAGGUGACUGACGGGGCACUGUAUCGCACCAAGAUUCAUUGUUAUUUCCUGGAUCAGACGCGCGUCAUCCGACCGUUGCCGAAUGAGAAAAAUUACCACAUCUUCUACCAAAUGCUGGCAGGAUUAAACGCCGAUGAGUGUGCACGGCUCAACUUGGAAGGAUACUCGCCGGCAAAUUUACGCUAUCUUCAGCAUGGUGACAUCCGGCAGGAUGAGCAGGAGGACGCGGCACGAUUCCAAGCGUGGAAAGCGUGUCUUGGCAUUCUCGGUAUACCAUUCUUGGAUGUUGUACGUGUGCUAGCAGCCGUUUUGCUCUUAGGCAAUGUGCAGUUCAUCGAUGGACAGGGUCUCGAAGUGGAAGUUGUUGGAGAGACGGAACUGAACGCCGUUGCAAAUUUGUUGGGAGUUCCUCCCGCCCAACUGUUUCGCGGCCUAACGACUCGCACGCAUAACGCCCGCGGACAGCUUAUCAAAUCGGUUUGUGAUGCCAACAUGUCGAACAUGACGCGAGAUUGCUUAGCAAAGGCACUCUACUGUAGGACAGUAGCGACGAUUGUACGCAGAGCGAACAGUUUGAAGCGGCUUGGUUCAACACUUGGCACGCUCAGCUCGGACAGCAACGAAUCGGUGCACAAUCAAGCAGAAGUGGCAAGUCAGCAUGCGUCCACGAUUGGCGGAAACGCAGGUUCGAAGUCUAUGGCCGCUCUAAACAAUGCAGUACGACAUGCAACAGAUGGAUUUAUCGGAAUAUUGGACAUGUUUGGUUUCGAGGAGCCACGACCAGCACAGCUUGAACACCUUUGCAUCAACCUUUGUGCGGAAACUAUGCAACACUUCUACAACACCCACAUCUUCAAGAGUUCCGUUGAAUCAUGUCGCGAGGAAGGCAUCAUCUGCGACACGGAGGUAGACUACGUGGACAACGUUCCUUGCAUCGAUCUCAUCUCAUCGUUGCGCACCGGUCUGCUGAGUAUGCUGGAUGCUGAGUGUUCGGUGCGUGGGACGGCGGAAAGCUAUGUCGCCAAGAUCAAGGUGCAGCACCGGAACUCGGCCCGGCUGGAACAGCGUGCCCUGGAACCGUACGAUCCACGACUGUUUGCCAUUCGACACUUUGCGGGACGCGUUGAGUAUGACACCACAGACUUCCUCGACACAAACCGGGACGUGGUGCCGGACGAUCUGGUAUCCGUGUUCUACAAACACACGUGCAACUUUGGUUUCGCCACACAUCUAUUCGGUACCGAGCUGAAAGCGUUGUACGCCCAGGAAAAUGGGCCGCGAGGUCUAAGCUUUCGCAUUGCACCCACCUCCCAUACGGAUCUUCUGAAUGGAGAUGAACCAGUUUCCACGCUGACCCAAGACUUCCACACACGGUUGGAUAAUCUGCUUCGAACGUUGGUUCAUGCGAGACCACAUUUUGUUCGCUGUAUUCGCAGCAACACGGCCGAAAAAGGUGGUAUGUUUGACCGAGGUGCAGUCGUCCGUCAGAUUCGUGCGCUGCAGGUACUGGAAACGGUUAACCUGAUGGCGAGUGGUUUUCCGCACCGGAUGCGCUUCAAACAGUUCACCGCCCGCUACCGUAUGUUGGCACCGUUCCGACUGCUUCGACGCUGUGAAGAGAAAGCCCUGGAGGACUGCAAGGUGAUCCUGGAUUUCGCACUUGAAAACCCGCCCGAGUUAGAUGGCUCGGUAACGCUGUCGUGGGCCCCCGGUAAACGCCAUAUCUUCCUGAGUGAAGGCAUCCGCCAGCACCUGGAACGGUUGCGUACGGAGGUGCGCAUGAAGAGUGCCACCUUGAUUCAGGCUACGUGGCGUGGAUGGAAUCUGCGCAAACGGCUCGGUACGAUAAGACGGACCCACGACAUACAGCUAAUGGGUGGGGCACUGAUGUCGAUCAACAAAGCUUCCGGUAAGUACAGUUCUGUCCUUGAUAGACAUCGCAACAAGGUCCCAAUGGUCACGCUGGUUUUGUCCUCAGGUGCUCGCACAGGAAAUGUUUCGCAUGCAAACGCGAACAAUACGGGAACGGCUACGAGACCGCGGCCGCAACCGAUCGCUGGUACGCCACCACCUGAUCCAAACGAAAAGUGUGAUUCAAAGAUCAUCGCACAGACCUGCACGCUCUUUGGGUUGGAUUUGGAACGACCUCCACCAGUGCCACCGUCCCGUUCGUACACAGUGACUGGAAAUUCGAAGCUCGGCUACCCACAGACACGCAUCAUGAAGAUGAACUUUCCCGAGGAUCCGGCUGCGGUUGGACUUGGUGAGCAACUACGCAAGGGUGAAGCUGUCACCGUGACGGGAGCAUCCCAUCGACGAGGUCACCUAAUCGUAGAACACAACGGCAUUAGUCUGCAUGUGCCCUUCCAGUACAUGGAGCUGGUGAAGACGAUUGCUCCCGUACCGACCGGCGCUGGCAAUGCUCCUUCCGGGACCGCCGUUCCUCCACCUCCGACGGCCGCAGCGGUCAAUAUUUGA